UAGCUUUGGAAAGUAAUUAUUAUCAUAAAUGGAAAACAAAAAUCGAGAAAAAAAAACCAUUGUAAUAAAAGUUGUAUCGAGAAGAAAAACUGAGGAAACAAAAAUCCAGAAAAUUAAAAUCCUAAUUCCUUCUUAAACCAGAUUUUUUUAAAAAUUUAUUUUCCUUUCAAACCUUUAACAAAAAUUGCUGUAAGAAAAAGAAGAUGAAUCCGCAGAAUCAAAAUAACAAUAACCUCACAAAUGAGUGGAGUCCUCUCGAGAAUAAGCUCUUUGAGCAUGCCUUCCUUGUCUUUCCGGAAGAAACCUCUGAUCGGUGGCAGAAGAUCGCUGACCGUAUUUCUGGAAAGUCAGCCAAAGAAGUGGAAGAGCAUUUUGAUAUGCUUUUGCAUGACGUUUACGAAAUUGAGGCAGGUCGAAUUGAAAUUCCAAGAUAUGCUGACGAUUCGUCUAUGUUAUCGUCAACUUGGAAUUCCAACAAUCAAAUAUAUUUCACUUCGAAAUCUAAACAUCAACUAGACAAUGAGAGAAAGGAAGGAAGUCCUUGGACAGAAGAGGAGCACAAGUUAAAUCUUCAAAAAUAUUUUCUUAAACAGAGUUCGAGAAAAAAAAUGAGCAUCCAUCCAUAACAAUAAAAUAGUUGAUAGUACGGUGGACGCACCCAUCAAGCAACAUUGGGUUAACGUGUCAAGUCCACGAGCAUCUCCACUACAAGAAUUCUCUCCUCUGAACCAAUUACCUUCGGGUGAAGGAAUCUUAAAGUAUCAAAAUAUAUACAAAAUAUAUAGAACUGUGGAGACUCAACUUUGAUUAUGGUAUGAUGUAAAUAAUGUUAUAAAUAAAAUUAUCAUCAUAAUAUAAUUAAAUUAUAUGAUUGUCUGA